AUGGGGCCCCCGGGCAAUAGGGAUCAUGGGGCCCCUGUGUCCUUGCCCAAGCUCACAAAAGCCUAUAAGAAAGGUACCAGGGGCAUCUCAUGGGGUCCUCUACUGACCCCGGGCCCUCAGGCAGUGCCCGAGUUUCCAAAUGGUCAGUCCGCCCCUGGCCGGAGCACAGAGGUGCACGAGUACCUGGGGUGGACUGACAACUCAUGGGGCCCCCGGGGCAAUAGGGGAUCAUGGGGUCCCUGUGUCCUUGCCCGAACUCAAAAAAGCCAAUGAAAAAGGUACCAGGGGCAUCUCACGGGGCCCCCUACUGACCCCAGGCCCUCAGGCAGUUCGCCCCUGGCCCGUAUUG